AAGCAUUUAAGCUUGAAGCUUCAAACGAACCAAUUUCCUGUGGAAAUCCCUAUUUUCCCGGUCAUUUUGUCGUAGGUGCAGUGAUCUGAAACUCCAGUAUUCUCCUCUCCUUGUUUCUCAGGCCAAAUGGCACCAAGAUGGAAAGGAAAAGAUGCAAAAGCUAAAAGGGAUGCAGAAGCUGAAGCGCUUAAAGAGCCCAUGUCAAAGAUGAUAUCUCAACUUCAGUCCUCUUUAGUUCAGUCCGGUACUUGUGGAUUUCUCUCUAAUAACAGUGUACACUUAGCAGUGGGAGCAGAACAAAGUGAUCUGCUUGAUAAAACAUGCUUUGGUCGACCUGUAAGAACAGUUGAAAAGGACACACAGUGGUUUCAAUUAAGCUUGGAGGAAGCAUUCUACCUAUGCUAUUCCUUGAAAUGCCUUAAGAUUAAUGGUGGUGAUACUGGUCCCCAAAAUGAUGAAGAGCUAUGGCAUUACAUGAAGUCCAAGAAAGAAACAUUCCCUUGUUUCUACAAGGCUUAUUCUCACCUUCGAAUGAAAAAUUGGGUAGUGAGGUCGGGAGCUCAGUAUGGUGUAGACUUCAUUGUCUAUCGUCAUCAUCCAGCCCGUGUCCAUUCUGAGUAUGGUGUACUUGUUUUAUCAGAUGGGGAUGAUAAAGAUCUAAAUGGAAGAUUGAGAGUAUGGUCUGAUGUUCAUUGCACAACUCGCCUUCUUGGAAGUGUUGCAAAAAUCUUAUUAGUUAUGUACGUCAAUAAAAACGGUAACAAUGAUGAGUCUCCAUUAUGUUUGGCAAACUAUACCGUUGAAGAGCGCACAAUUACCAGAUGGAGUCCAGAACAAUGCCGUGAAAGAUGUAGUUCAUGCUAGCAUUGAAAUCAGAACCAGGUUCUCUAGAGGCUAUACAAGAGAACAUACUCAUCCAUAAUGAAAUUUGAAGGUUAGACUUAGAUGUAGUACGUAGUGUUCUUUUGUUUUUGUUUUGUUUUAUUUUUUUAUUUGUUUGAAACCACUUCACUGUAUUUUAAUUUAAAUUCUGCAUUCAUUGUU